UCUCCUAAUUAAUCUACAAUCCAACUUUAAUUACUUCAUCUUCAUCCUUUGUGGGUUUUCGCUUUCUUUCUUCUGUAUGUAUUGGGAACGAACUUAAUUCAUUAAUUGUCAGCAGAAUUGGAUUCUGCGAUUAAAUCUUUUCUUUGAUUGAAGAUGGGGGAAAAGAUAUUUUCUUGGCACUUUCUCGGCCAUUUUCUUCUUCCUAUUCUUCUUCUUGUUGUGGGCUUGGCGUUGGAAGCUGCCGUGAUGUGCAGUGGAAGAACUACGAGCGCUUUCGUCCGGCCGUCGGAGAGAAGCGUCGAUAUGCCACUCGAUAGCGACGUCUUCCGUGAGCCUCCAGGCUACAAUGCGCCACAACAGGUUCAUAUAACACAGGGAGACCACGUGGGAAGAGCAGUGACAGUGUCGUGGGUGACCCGGGAUGAACCCGGAUCGAGUUCGGUUCUCUACUGGAGAGAAAAUGGCCAGGACAAGAUACAGGCCGAGGGCAUGUACGUCACAUACAAGUUCUACAAUUACACCUCUGGUUUCAUCCAUCAUUGCACCAUUAACAACUUGGAGGUGGACACAAAAUACUACUAUGAGGUUGGGAAUGGGAACACAACGAGGACUUUCUGGUUCAUGACUCCUCCUCAAGUUGGUCCAGAUGUUCCAUAUACUCUUGGCCUCAUUGGGGAUCUGGGGCAGACAUUUGAUUCAAACAGGACGCUUACCCACUACGAGUUGAACCCCGCAAAGGCCAAAGCCGUCUUGUUCGUGGGAGACCUCUCUUAUGCGGAUGACUAUCCAUUUCACGACAAUGUUAGAUGGGAUACGUGGGGAAGAUUCAUCGAGAGAAGUGCUGCUUUUCAACCUUGGAUUUGGACUGCAGGCAACCACGAGAUUGAUUUUGCCCCUGAACUCGGUGAAACCAAGCCAUUUAAGCCUUACACUUGUCGGUAUCACGUCCCUUACAGGGCCUCCAAUAGUACCACUCCCUUUUGGUACUCAAUCAAGAGGGCUUCAGCUUACAUCAUUGUUCUGUCUUCCUAUUCAGCCUAUGGUAAGUAUACCCCUCAAUACCAAUGGCUCGCAGAGGAGCUACCAAAAAUCAAUAGGAGCGAGACGCCAUGGCUGAUAGUUCUCAUGCAUUCUCCAUGGUACAAUAGCAACAAUUACCAUUAUAUGGAGGGGGAAACCAUGAGAGUGAUGUUCGAGCAAUGGUUUGUGCAGCACAAAGUCGAUGUUGUGUUUUCGGGCCAUGUUCAUGCUUAUGAACGAUCUGAACGCGUAUCUAAUAUUGCUUACAACAUUGUAAAUGGCAUCUGCUCGCCUGUAAAAGACCAAUCUGCUCCUGUAUACAUAACCAUCGGCGAUGGAGGAAACAUCGAAGGCUUAGCAAACAACUUCACUGAGCCACAGCCAAAGUACUCGGCGUUUCGCGAGGCCAGUUUCGGGCAUGCCAUUUUGGACAUUAAGAACCGGACUCACGCCUACGUGGGUUGGCACCGAAACGAAGAUGGGUAUGCUGUGGAAGCCGAUUCGCAGUGGCUUUUUAACAGAUACUGGUAUCCGAUGGAUGAUUCUACUACCCACAAGUGA